AUAAGGUUGGCAGGCCUGGUGGGAUAAGGUUGGCAGGCCUAGCGGAAAAGGUUGUGAGCCUGGCGGGUCAGGUUGGCCAGCCUGGCGGGUAGUCAACACAAACGUGUGGCGGCCGUUGUGAUUACUUCAGUCCGCCGAUAACAACAUUUUAUAACAUUUUAAGACCAUCUACAAAAGUGAAAUGGGAAGUGUAGGUUUUUUGAAGUUUUGGUCAUCUAUUGUUAAUGAUGAUAAUAUCCAGGGUCAGCUAAAGUCUGUGAUGUCCAUAGAGGAUGGAGAAGAACGUGCGCUGCAGCUCCUUUCCCGUACUUUGUUUCUCUUGGUGAUGGAAAUCAAGCAUGAACGUGAUGAAGCCAUAAAGACGUUGAGCCAUCUUAAGGAGCGUGUCGACAAGUGCACUUGUGCAGAGAAGAUAGUAUGUGGUGUUCUAGAUAUUGGGACCAAUAAAAGUGCCGAUGUUCAACCUGAUGUGCCAACUCGGCAAGAAAUGCACCAUUUGAACUGUCAAAAAAAUCCGGUUGUGAAAAUUAUUCCUAAUAAAAAGUGUGCCAUUGAGGAGAAUCUUGAUUCUUCAGAGAUUAAAGAAAAAAAAUUGGCAUCUUCUCAGAUAGUAGACCGUAGUUAUCGGUGCCUUUCUAGAACGCCUAAAAGCACAAGUCCAAAAAUUAUUCAAGAUGCUGAAAGGAAGGGAAAAUCUGAGAUGAAUGUAGAAUCAGUAGGACCAAUUGCUCCUAAAAUUCUUGCUCCAGAAACUUUAUCUUUAGAUGAAAAUGAAUUGUUUGUUAAUGUGUCAAAAAGAAGGGCUCUAGCAACGCAAACUGUGUCCAUCCCUGAUUCCCCUGCUAUGGAGAAUACAAGAGCCUUUGAUACAAAUGCAUAUGAAAAUACAGACUUUUAUAAGAAUAGUCUUAGCAAUGUGAGUGAAAUAUUAGACGGUACCUAUGAUUCACUACCUGAUUCACCUAUUGAUGGGGAAAAGAAAUUGAAAAGUCCACUAAAAGAUAAAGUAAACAUGCAGAUAUUAAAGUCUAAGAAAGUGUUGAGUCCUGUGCUAGGAAAACAAAAUCGACUUACAGCUUUAGAAACUAUGAGGAAAAGCAUUGAUUCAGAUUUCCCAAAGGCAUUAAACUUUGAUACUAAUAGGCAGUUACCAAAGCUACUAGAUAUCCAUACCCCAGAAUCCAAAGACUCAAAAGUUACUGGGGUUAUUACUUCCACUCCAAAGUACUCGCCUCUGCUGUUUACUCACAAUAUAUCGACCUCACUGAAUGACUCUGACCCAACUUCUCCCUCACUUUUGCCAGGUGUUAAAAACAACAUUAAAUAUAAUAAUGAAGGAAAUCAUAAUUCCUUACCAAAAAAUAUGCAAAAUCAAACUCAAUCCUUUUCAAAAACAAGAACCAUUUUACCGAGGUCUGCAUCAAUUUCCAACAUGUCUCCCCCGAGAGCAAAUACCCGCAGCCUAAGGAAAUGUCAAACUGUAGACAGAUUGAACAAAGGGACUUCAUAUAUGAUGGUUAUAGAGCCACCUGACUCAAAGAAGAAAAAAUAUAAACAAACAAAGAUCUCUCCCAAUAUCUUUCAGAAGAAGACAGAUGUGGCAAAAAUUACAGGUGGUUUACCAAGCAGAUUGCUGAGUCCUCUUAAUGAAGAUGCAGCUAUUAGUGCUGCACUGGAGGAAUCCAUUAAGACCAAGGUUUUAGACGACAUGAUGCGCAAGAAACGGGAAGCCUUACUUAUUGAAGCAUCUGGUCUAAAGAAAACUAAAGGAGCUACUGAUAUGUGUAGCAAAAGUGAAAAGGAAUUAGGGUCUGCCUCAUGUCCAAAGGAAGGAAGUCCAAGAAAAGUCCCUAAACUUAGUCCAACGAGGCACAUGACAAGCCCCAAGAAGAGAAAGCAAGAUAGACUUAGUAAUGAGAAUAAAAGUCCCAAUAAAAGGAAGAAGGUUGAACAGCAGAGUAAAAUGAAAAAAGAUGCAGCAGAAGAAGUGUUGGAAUUAGAUCAGCUGCUGAAGCAAGUCAAUGACAGUCCAGAGCAGGAGACUGCUGUAGAAAAGAAAGCGCAGAGGAAAGCCGAGCUUAAGAAGCCUAGAACUAAAGUCAUCGAUGAUAGCUUUGACGUCCUUCCAAUUACAAAGGAGCCCGAUUUUGCCCACCGUGGCGAAGUGGUCCGGAAGAAGGCGGCCCGCAAGCAGUUGAAGGGCUGGAAUUGUCAGGAAUGUGAACAGUGGUAUGCAGCUGUUAACUCACAAGAGAAAGAGAUGAUGAUGAACAAAUGCUCCCGCCACCGCAGCAAGCACAACCCAGUGGCAAACACACCAGAGAAUUUCUGGAAUCCUGAUUGGAUUGAUUGAAGUAUGGCGAUGAUUGACUAGGUAAUACAAGUGUGUGCUGUACAGCGGCACGUUACACGAACACACUAAUUGGUACUAAACCCUUUCUGCUUCACCCAAGAUUCCAGUUCACUAAGCAUUUUUGUCAUUUUUUCCAAUUCUUGUGUAUCGUCUUCGCUCAAAAUUAUAGGACACAUCUUUGUGCUUAUUUACACAUCCAAAUGACAUGAAAUAAAUGCAUUUUAAAUAUACUGGAAGGUGAACCAGAAGUCAAUAAGUACACCAAUAUUUUUACUAAAAAAAAAUAGAUAUUCAAGAAAUUUAAAGCACAGAGUAGGCAAUAAAUUGCUUAUGUGGUAUGCCCAGAGAGUAUGGGUAUGUACAGGGUAUACCUCUCUUGGUAAAUACUGAUAGGUAAACACACACACAAUCACUGAGUUCAUGGUUGUCUGUCACUCACUGUCUCAUAAACUGUGCGUGUGUGUGCCAGUGUCUGCAUGUUUGCUUGUGGGUGAAUGAGACAUUAAUAGAUGAGACUAUAAAAUCAGUCUUGUUAAAUCAAUGAGACAAACACAGCCAACCAAGCAGGCAGCCAACCAUCUGUCACAGCAAGCCAAGCAUGCAGGCAGGCAGAAGCACAGCCAGCAAAGCAAGUAGACAGACAGACUGAUAUACCCGGCAAGCCUGCCAAGCAGGCUGGCAGCUGGCCAGUCGGUCAACCAAGCAAGCCAGCAAGUACACAAGUAGUCAGGCAGAUUUGUCCAGCCAGCCAAGCAGGCAUGCAGACACAGAGAGCCAGCAACCUUGCCUCGCCUGAUUUAAUCCACCAUUCUAGAUCGAGGGGAUGAAUUGGUGGUUUUUUGUAGUGGAUGAAGGAGAUUACUGAAUAAUGGAGAGGUUCAGGGAAAGGAGAGUUUUAGAAAUGUUAAACAUAGUGAUUCCAUCACCCGUUAUCCUUUAAAAGCCGUCAUCAUUCCUCUCUCUCAGUUCUCAUGGAAAGGCAGGUUACUGCUCUGUUUAACAUGCAACCACAGGCUGAUGUCUUGUGGAAAGUACAAAUACAGUUGUCAUACUAAACAUUAAAUUUUGUAAAGGUACAAGUCAUACUAAUACUUCCAUAGUAUAGUUCUAUUUAUAAUCAUUUUGUUUUCCUAAUUGUUUCUAGUUCACCUCGAUGCACUCAAGCAUGGUCUCACUGUAUAAUCAUAUUGAGAUACUUACACAAUGUAAAAGCUUUUCACAACAUAUUAAACUUUACUAUAUU